GAAUUUCUGUGACAACGCUCAAGACAAAGGGGGAGGCGUAUCGCCAAGCUUGGCGCUGUACGUCUUGUCGGAGACAGAAAAUUCGAGCGCAACCACCGAGUGGAAAUGAUGAAUCUGACCAGCAAGACAUUCGCCUAAUGUUAAAGAACAUAAGUUCUAAGCUUGACCAGCUGUUGCCACUGAAGGAAGUAGUAGAGGGCAUAGAGGAUUCCUUACAAUUCUGGUCGGAGCAGUAUGAUGAACUGCGGCAAAUUACCGAGAAACAUGAACAGGAAAUUAAAGAACUCAGACGCCGCACCGAAACACUCGAGAAAAACGAAAACGAUGUUAAUCAGCUCCAAGCUGAAAUCGACGCCCUCGAAUGGAAAAGCCGCCGCCUUAACCUUGAAUUUCAUGGCAUUAAACAGACAGAAAAAGAAAAUUUGAUUGAAAAGCUAAACGAACUUGCCACGCAGCUUGAGCUUCCACAGCUAUCGGCUAACGACGUGGUCGCGGUUCACCGCCUACCAUCUAAGAAAGAUAAAAUACCCGGCAUUAUCUGUCGCUUUGUCAAGCAGACUGAUAGGGAUCGGUGGUGGUUGAACCGAAAGAAACUGCGUGACAGGAAUGAUGUGGUCUUUAUGAAGGAAAAUGUACAAAACGAACACGUGCUCUUCUGUUUGAAACAAAAAAACUGGGCCAAAAGGGCAAUGCACAAGUAUGUGUGGCACAACAACGGUCGGGUACUUGUUCGCAAAGCGGACGGUGAACAGGCGGUAGUGAUUUCCACCGCAGAUGAUCUAGAUAAACUAGGUUAAGAGCCGAGUGGUUU